AUGAACAGAGAUCGAGUAUCGUCGAGAGACAACAUUGAGGGCGAGCGCCAAAUCUUGCCUAAGACCUCAACUGACACGCACACUUUACCUGUUGUCAGGACGAACGAGGAAGCUGCUGUUAUUCCACCUCCGCAGUCUGCCAUGUCUUUAGGAGAGCGAUCUAAUAUCGGACCCCUUGUCGAGCCAACACAACCCCUACAUAUUGAGACCGAACAACAGGCAACAACAAAUAUAUCAGUCAACUCGUCUAGCUCCCUCAGUCGAGAGACCAGUGCUGAAGUUGCUCAAUCUACUAUGUCUCUAGGAGAGGGGUCCGAAAAUGGAACGCAUAACAGGCCAACAGAGUCCCUACACCCCGAAGGCAGGAGGCUCUCACACGUGAAUCCUUUUAAUCAAUCUUUGCGCACUUGGUGGUUAGAGCUUGCCGCGUGCGUUAUUGCAAUCCUAGCAAUUUCUGGCGUAGUCGCUACUCUUCGGCCUCAUCAAGGGAAGCCUUUACCCCAGUGGCCGUAUCAUCUUACGGUAAACACACUUUUGUCUAUCUAUAUGACCGUGCUCAGGGGUGUGGUGGUCACGAUUGCCACCGAAGGGCUCGGCCAGCUGAAGUGGAGCUGGCUAAAAGAAGAAAGACCAAUAAUGGAUAUCACACGAUAUGAUGCAGCGACGCGAGGUCCUCUUGGGGCCCUUACGCUAUUGUGGCAUUUACGAACACGUAACUUGCUAUCUUCGACUGGUGCCGUGAUUGCGCUCCUCAUCCUAAUUGUGGACCCUUUUGGGCAGCAAAUUAUCCAUUACUAUACUUGCUCAGUCGCCAUAGAUCAUUUGCAGGCUGAGGUCCCUCGAACCAAUGUUUUCCUCCCAGAAGUCUUCAAUGGCCCUGGUGGAGCGUCAGGGUUCACAGUCGAGCCAGCUCUGCAAGCCGCCGUCCCUGAUGGUGCGCUCGGUUCUGGUAUCAACAUGAACGCCUUGUGUCCAUCAACAAAUUGUACAUUCCCGGAGCAAUAUAGCACAGUUGCAUACUGCAGUAGCUGUACCGACACAAGUGAUCUAUUAUCCACAUAUCAAUCAGUAGUACCUGCCAACGAUUCAGGGAUCAGAGGGCUUGACUCGGUCGUAUUAAAUGGGGCAAUGGUCAAUUUCACCCAAAAUAUAUCGUCGUCCUCAUCACUUCUCAAUCGCAUGACGAGGACUACAACAACUUCCAAUUCGACGUUCACCAUAAGCUCUGGACCAGGCACUGAUUUUAAUAUAACAGCCAUGAGAACUUACGGAGUGUUCUCACAGGACCGUUGGGAUACCCCUCGCGGCGUUGAGAUGAUUGUGGCACAACAAUUCAAGUUGUUUGACCCAAAGACAGGAAAUGGCCCAGUCGACUGCGAGAAUCAUAAAAACAGUGAUUUUUACUGCAGAGGAUUUGGCUCAACUACUUGUACGAUCGAGCCAUGUAUACGAACCUAUGAGACCAAAGUUGAAGGAGGCGUAUUGCAAGAGCAACUUGUUGGGAUGGAUGAUCCUUCCCGAAGACAAUGGGGUUGGACGCAGGAAUUUCCCGUUGACUCGAGUGGGCCACCUCUCGAUCCUAAUCACCCUUCAGAUAAGGCAUACAUCCAAUUCCAAGCAAUACUCGACCUACAUUGCCUCUCUGAUGAAGAGCGCCAAAACCUUUCAGAAAGUGGUCAUGCUCACGAUAUGAACCAGCGGUGGCUAGCAUACAACGCAACAUUUAACCCUUCUUAUACCAACUUUUCAUCUAGUUCUCCUUUUCCUGAGUCAAUGAUGGUCCACGGUUGUGUGUACGUCAUGCUUGCUUUGUUUGACAGUCAGUUUUGGCUAGAAUUUUUGGGACAAUUCUUUACCGGCUCAGUGAUCGGCACAGUUUCACUUGAUAAUUAUUUUGCUAACAUCGAGGCCCUGAGCGGCCCGCCGUUGUUACAACACAUCUACAACUAUGGCAACACGAGUUUCGAACGCAUCGACAGCAUCUUCAAAAACAUCUCCGACUCAAUCACCGCUUACAUACGACAAAGUAGCGCAAAGCCUCCGUACAACAAGCCGGCUGUAGGAAUAGUAAUGCAUGAUCAAACAUGUUUAGCUGUGCGAUGGAACUGGCUGAUCUUCCCCGCGCUCGUCGCAGCAAUGGCGCUGAUCUUCUUCAUUUGUACCAUUGUUCGUACGAGAUCCAGUGCAGUACAGCACGUACCUCUCUGGAAAUCGUCACCGCUACCAUUCUUGUUGCGAAUCAGGCAGGAUCCCGAUGCCACACUUCCCGAGGGCGGUGGAAGCCAUUCUAGCAUUGCGGAGUUAGAGUCAGAUGCCAAAGAUUGGAAAGUCAAAGUGGAGAGCAUGGAGCUGGGCUUCGCCCGUCUCGUCAAAGAUAAUACGUCGUCAGUGUCUAGGGAGAUGAAUAGACCUGAAGUUUAG